AUGGAGAAACACCUGAAGCUCAUUGCCAGGAAUGUAAUGGUUCAGGACGGGAACGUGGAGGGUGCAUACAGGACCCUGAACAGAAUUCUCACUACCAAUGGCCUUACUGAAAUCAUGAAGCGGCAGCAUAUCUAUGAGAAGCCCUGCUGCCGCCACCAGCGGGAGAGCUAUGAAACAUGCGGGAGGUUCUACAACAUGGAAAUGGCUCGAAAGACUAAAUUCUUGAUGAGGAAAAACCGGGCAGAUCCAUGGCUGGGCUGCUAA